UGCUUUUAGAUCACUUGAACGAGGAUGCUGUGCAACGGAGGUGGAGCGUUUGUUACGACUCAGGGGAAAAAAAUACGUUUUGUGUCUUCCAACUGUAGAGAAUCAUUGCCUUUGCGAUGAUGGUGCUGAAUGAACAGCUCCAGAUUCACGGGCGCGAGGUGUCUUUGAGCACUCACAGAAUGAAUCUUCGGUCGAAACUUAGCGAGCGAGUUUCUCUCUACCACCCGUAGAUGCUGUCGAUUUGAAACUACCUCCUCGGUUUCAUGGCUGUGCCACGGCGGAUAAAAACUUUGUUGACUGUCAAUAUUUUUGUGUUCGUGGGGAUUGUACUGUUUUCGGUUUACUGCAAAAUCCAGGAUCGCUCAGUGGAACUGUUGAGGGGCGGAGGAAACAUCGAGACAAUAACUUACCGGAGAUCUAACUUUGUGGAUAAGCAGGCAAUUCUGGAGAGACUCGAGCACCUUGAAAACGUAGUUUUUCAUCAACUGAACGUGUCUUUCACAGGUUGGGUGAAGCCCUUGUCAUUAGAGGAAGGACAUGUUAGCUUGGGGCAAGGCAGAGCCACAGGAACCUCCAGGGAGUCUGGCCAGGACCCAGAGAGGGCUAAGUACCACCAGUUUGGAUACAACGCACAGCUGAGCGACCAAAUCUCACUGGAUAGAUCCAUUCCUGACUACCGGCCCAAAAGGUGCGAGACCAUGAGCUACCCAGAUGACCUCCCACAGAUCACGGUGGUGUUCAUCUUCGUGAACGAGGCCUUGUCUGUGAUCCUGAGGUCCGUCCACAGCCUGGUGAAUCACACUCCUCCCCACCUCCUCAAAGAGAUCAUUCUGGUGGAUGACAACAGUGACAGUGUGGAGCUGAAGCAGGACUUGGAUCAGCACGUGAAUCAGCACUACCCCGGCCUGGUGAAGAUUGUGAGGAACAGCAGACGAGAAGGGCUCACAAGGGCGAGAAUCCUUGGCUGGAAAGCCGCCUCUGCACCAAUUGUCGGCUUCUUUGAUGCUCAUGUCGAGUUUAACACAGCGUGGGCUCAACCCAUCUUGGCCAGGAUUGCGGAGGAUAAGACCCGUAUUGUUCUUCCAGCAAUUGACAACAUCAUGUACAGCUCGCUGGAGGUCCAGCAGUACGCCAGCGCUGCCCACGGCUACAGUUGGGCUUUGUGGUGCAUGUACAUCAUCCCUCCUCGGAGCUGGCUGGACGGAGGCGACGAGACCGCCCCUAUCAGGUCUCCUGCAAUGAUUGGCUGCUCCUUUGUGGCGAACAGAGAGUACUUCAGGGAGAUUGGCCUACUAGACCCAGGAAUGGAGGUGUAUGGAGGGGAGAACAUUGAGUUAGGCAUGCGGGUGUGGCAGUGUGGUGGAAGCAUGGAGGUCCUCCCGUGUUCCCGCGUGGCCCACAUCCAACGCACCAAGAAGCCCUACAACAAUGACAUUGACUACUACGCCAAGCGCAACGCCCUGAGGGCCGCGGAGGUCUGGAUGGACGACUACAAAAGCCACGUCUACAUGGCCUGGAACAUCCCCAUGAGUAACCCCGGAGUUGAUUUCGGAGAUGUUUCAGACAGAGUUGCCCUGAGGAAGAAACUGCGUUGUCGCAGCUUCCAGUGGUACCUGGACAACGUGUACCCAGAGAUGCGUGUGUACAACACCACACGUGCCUACGGCGAGGUCCGUAACAACAAAGCCAGUGGCUACUGUAUAGACCUGGGGAAUGAGCAGGAUAACAGGGGAAUGCUCAACCCCUGCCAAGGCAUGCCUUCUCAGCUGGCCCGUUAUUCCUCUGAGGGCCUUCUGCAGCUGGGUCCUCUGGGCUCCACCACCUUCCUCCCCAACACCAAGUGUCUGGUCGACGAGGGCCGAGGACGGACGCCGUGCCUCAGGAAGUGCCAGGACACCCUUCAGCAGUCACAGCGGCUGUGGGACUUCACUCAGAAUGGGCCCAUUAUCAGCAGAGACACGGGUCGGUGUCUAGAGGUGGAGCAUUCUAAAGAGAGCACGUUCGGCUUGAGGCUGGUGGUCCAGAGAUGUUCUGGUCAGAGGUGGACGAUCAGGACCUGGCUCAAACCUCUUCUUCACUGAGAGCUGACCGAAACCCAACAUAUCUCCCGAUUAAAGACCGGAUCUCUGUCCUGAUUGGUUACCUCUGCGGGGACACGCUCGGGAGAUAUUGAAACGGUUUUGUGAUUGAAUCAACUGAGGGAAUACAUGCUGCCAGACAAGUUGGUGAGUUUCAGAAGCUUCUCAACCUAUGAGUAUCCACCUUUACCCGAGUCAGACUGGGAAAUGCUGAGAAGAGAUGUGUGGACAAUAGGAUCUUUUUAACUGUAGGAACAGUGUUUAUAUAAAUAUAUAAACUUGUGUCGCUAAGAAACAAAAACAUAUUUUCAUAUAGCGUCACUAAACUGAUUGUAAUUAUGAAUGAAAGCACUGCAGAGGGUGUAAUAUAUUCAUUUUGAUGAAAGCAUGAUAUUUUAUCGUCCAAGUCAUUUCCUACUGCUGAACACUACUGCAGAUCACUUAAGUGUAAAUAUGUUUACACAGAGACACAGUUGUACUGCUUGAGAUGGACUUAGAACAAAGGUUAAAGAUUCUUAAAAAAAUAAAAGCAGAUCACCCUAAAACAGAUAAGAUUAGAUAAGAUAUUACAGACUUCAGAAUCCUGAAUGUGCUGUAUGUUUGUCUUGGCAACGUGUCAGCCAGUUAGAGUGCUGCAUGCACCGGGAGCUGUGAUUGGCCGGGGCUGGGACAUGCAGGCUGUGAGCGAGGACAAGUGGGGGUGAAAAUAGAAAGUGUGAGUGUGAAUGGCAGGCGAUUGACAGAGAGCUCAAUCAAGCAGAGUGCUGUUGUAAUUGCUUUAAGCACUUGAGUUUGAUGGAGAGGUGCUGAGAUUGAGGAAAAGCUCCCCAUGGUUGCUGGAUAGGGCAUGCCCUUCCACACGUAACACUGGCAGUCAGCCCUGUACACACAUACAGAGAUGAAGACAUUCGUGUUUCACAAACAGACCAAAAUAAACACUGACAUUUACACUAACACACCAUCUCAAGGGGGUCGUGAUUAUAUGUUGUUUAGAAAGACUGUGGAUGGAUUAUGUGAUGAUUUGUUUCUGGGAUAGAGUCCAAAUAUUGGUCAUUGUUACAAUAUUGCUUCUUAACAAUUUUACUUAAGAUUGAAAGAUUAUUACAAACGUGGUUGUGUGUCUUUGGCCUAUGAUGCCUGAAUGGUGUUGAA